AGGACCAGGUCUGUAUGCCGACCAAUACCAAUGCUAUGUAGCUCAGGUAAUCAUCCCUGCCCUUACCCAAAUGUCUACUUGGAGCGUACUUACCUGCUUGGUUCGUGUCCUGAGGCAUUAGAAACCGCGUUUGCGAGGCCUUUAUUACAGGCAACCGAGAACCCCACCUCGUGCUCGAGGAAUCUACAGGACUGAUAGGGGCAGGACAGGUCAAUCGCGUACGGUCGUCUGAACGUGCAGGAUCGCCGAGCGAUCCGUCCAACGGCUUAGCUUGCUCUUCGUGUUUCUAUUUUAUUUCCGACUCUGACGCGCACUCGCAAUUAUCAGAUAGCACUCGUAACGAAGUCCCGAGCUUCUCUCCAUCAUCCUUCAUCCGACCAAGUGAAAGAGACUUGUACGCUACUUGGACUUACGCUGUUCACGGAUUCCAGCAUCGAGAGACUACGGUUUUCGGUUUAGAAAAGUGUAACAGUGAAUUCUUUUGUUGUGACUGACGCAACCCGACGAAAUGGGACGAAGAUACGACGGCUUAAUUAUGAAGCUCACCGAAUUUUGCUUCUUGAUAGCACUGAUUACACCAAAUGUUAGUGCGUACCCUUAUGCAAGCGAUGCCAUUCAAUUUGACAUUCACAGAUCCCUGGCAGAUACAGAUGAAUCUGUUAGAAUGCCAGGUUCGUCAAAUAGGGAUCGAAUGUAUUCCGACGGUAGCAUCGUAUUCCCCGGGGACGAGAGACAGGUGCCGGUUUGCAAAGGAACCACUUAUUGCGAGAAGGUGAAUUCUUAUCCGGAAGACUUGAUAACAAAGGCGUUACAAAGGAACAAUAGUCUCAGAUACCUGGAAGGUGUCGAUGUGAUACCAGACUUAGUGCAGAGGAUCGACGUAAGCGAUAUACCUCUCUGUCGGUCAACUGAAAAUGUAAUAUUCCCUCAGUCGGCGGAAACGAAGGAUAACGGGUGGAAGUUCGUGGCGAAUCAAGAUAACUUGAAACAGGGCGUACGAAUCGAAACGUGCAUUAUCAAGGAGGACAACAGUUGCACCGUGGUUGGCGGCCUCGCGGAGGGUUACAAGACGACCUGCAAACAGAAGUACAUCUACAGGCAGCUACUGUCGUUAACGGACGGUUCGGUGAUCCCGGAGACGUUUCGAUUCCCGUCAAGUUGUUGUUGUCACGUCAAGUUCGUCGGCGAUCCAACGACGAGGAUGGGUGUAAGCUUCGGUAGCCAGAAGAGUCAAGUUACGCCGGCCAAAACGCGUAAAAGGAAAUAAACGGUUUGAAUCGAUGUUACAAACGCGGAUGCAAGAAAGGACUUUCUUUCCUAGAGCGUUCGUCAAUGUCCUUUCGACUCCCAGAGACGUUCACCGAAUACAGGUUUACAUUCGUCGCCGACAAAAAACAAAUCGCGAGGUACAUUCUGGAAAUCUAACAGCAUUACAGUACCUUAACGUUAUGUGAAAAAUGAAAUAGUACCUUGAAACAAAACAGAUAUAGCUCACAUUAUUUUGCGACCUCGCAAUUUGGAUUUUGAUACACGUCCUUAAUAUGUACAUACAGACACCCAUAUAUAUGUAUAGAGAAAAAUAUGUAAAACUUUAUACAAGAUCGUUUAACAGUUCAGCUGGUGAAGCUAAGCGUCAGGGUACAAAAGACGCGCGGGCGUUUCUUGAACGGAAUCCAUCUCUCAUGGAUAUUUGAAAAUCGAGUUUAAAGUACCGUAGCUGUUUACCGGUUUCUUAACGAUUACAAAAUGUAUAUUGUAACAAAGGACGAGGCGAAUUUCUAAAACGGACACGGAUCUAUAUCUCAUGUGAUACUGUGUGAUAUUAUAGUUAUCGACAUUGAUAUUGUGAUUAUAUAGAAUAAGAAUAACUUUUUUUUAUAUACGUAGUGUUAUAGCGUCAAUAACAUUUCCCGUUGUACCUAUAGACCUUAUUUACUUUAAUGUACAAAGAAAAUAAGUGUGGAAAGUAGAGUAUCUUUGAUUGUAUCUACGAGACCUUAAGAAACCGUUUGAAUAUACAUUUGCAGUUUGUAAAUA